GGUUCCCGCAGCGCCUGGCCCGAGUCGGGGACGGCCGCCAUGGGCACGGUGCUGUGGUGGGACCAGCUGCGGGCCGGCAGCUCGGAGGUGGACUGGUGCGAGGACAACUACACCAUCGUGCCUGCCAUCGCCGAGUUCUAUAACACGAUAAGCAACGUCUUGUUUUUUGUUUUACCACCCAUUUGUAUGUGCUUGUUCCGACAAUAUGCAACCUGCUUCAACAGUGGCAUAUAUUUAAUAUGGACUCUGCUAGUUGUGGUUGGAAUUGGAUCUGUUUACUUUCAUGCCACUCUCAGUUUCCUGGGACAAAUGCUGGAUGAGCUAGCCAUUCUCUGGGUCCUGAUGUGUGCUUUUGCCAUGUGGUUCCCAAGGAGAUACCUGCCUAGAGUUUUUCGGAAUGACAGGAGCCGAUUUAAAGCUGCUGUGGGCGUUCUCUCUGCAGUUACUACCUGCCUCGCCUUCAUUAAGCCUGCCAUCAACAACAUCUCACUAAUGACUCUGGGUGUUCCCUGCACUGCUUUGCUUAUUGCUGAGUUGAAGAGGUGUGAAAACCUGCGUGUGUACAAACUGGGUCUCUUUUCAGGUCUUUGGUGGAUGCUAGCACUUCUCUGCUGGAUCAGUGACAAAGUGUUUUGUGAGAUCUGGUCCUCAUUUAACUUUCCCUACUUGCACUGUGUAUGGCACAUUUUGAUUUGCCUUGCGGCGUACCUGGGCUGUGUCUGCUUUGCUUACUUUGAUGCUGCCUCUGAGAUCCCUGAGCAGGGCCCUGUCAUAAAGUUCUGGCCCAGUGAAAGAUGGGCGUUCAUUGGGGUUCCCUACGUCACCCUCCUCUGUGCACACGAGAAAUCACCUGUGAAGAUCACGUGAAGUUGACAAUGGAAUGAGGAUGGAAUUUCUACUUACAUUCCAGCAAAGACAGCAUUUAAAUAAUGAUAAAUUAAUGGGGUUGUGUUCUAUCUUGUUCUUAAGAUAUGCAGUACUUCAGGUGUCACAAAAAGAGGAGGCAAGUGUAUUCUUUUUUCUUUCUGGAGGAGAGAGAGGAGGCAGGAACUUGCAGGUUCUUGAACACUAAAGUAGCCACUAGGUUCUCUGGUAGGCUCUGUUUUGCACUGUGUUUUCAACGUAGCAUUUCACUUUAUGUAAGCUCUUUCCAAAUACCAGGUUCAAGGAAUGAUGUUUCUGCAGUAUGUCACCUCUGAUGCUUGACUUGCUUCUUUUGUAACCUCUGGCUGAGAUUUUCUUUCCAAAAGAAGCCAGGCCAAGAUGCCUACAUGCCGUCCUGUGCCAUUCUCAGCUUUGAAUUUGGUGUGGUUGCAUGUGGCCACAAGAGUGUGCUCAAAGCACACGCUCCACCCGGCCUGGCCCAUGGCAUGGGGAUCUAGCUGCACAUCACCUCAGGUCUUGGAGUUGUACUUGGCGUUGCUUCCCCAAGUACAGUUGGAGACCAGUGCAAAGUGCUUGCAACUGCAGCAGUGCAGUUAGGCGGUGUGAAUGCAGGAAUAGCUAACAGAUGAUUCAGUCC